CGGCGCUGUCACAUAGCAGUACCGGGCGACCCGCCGUCAGUGCGCCGGCUGUGCUUGAUGCCUGAUCGGAACCUGGAUAGCCUGUUCGCCGGGGUGACUUCCCCAGUGAAACUACGGAUCAAGUCGAGUUCUACCAUUCAUUUCGAAUGCUCUAAAGAUGCUGAUAGGCAGCAGGCCAGAGGUACCCUUCUUUGGGACACAGAGAUACUGCCAACAGACAGUGCAGCCUUCAUACUUCCAGCAGUGACGACAGAUAUCCCGGCUGACUUACCGUACGAGACAGACAUUCAGCCUGUAGACCCCAAUCUACCAUACCCUGACCAUUGCAACUGUCAGAUGUCUGAAUCUGUACAGUCACCUCCAAUACUUUGCGACAUGCAAACAGAGUCACAACUAGACCCUCUUGUAUGUAGCUUGGAGGACUUGCAUUUUUCUUCAGAUGGGGGGGAGUCGGAUGACCAAGAUCUAGAUGCAGAGUUGGAAGAAGACGAAGACACAGAUAACCAUGCUGCAAAUCGUAUGAGUGGGCAGAUUUUUUCUGUUGUUGGCUCUACGUGGCAUACUAGUUGUCAGGCUGUGCUAGAUAAGUGUGAAAAACUGAGAAGGGAGGGAGAAGAUGUCAAAGUCCAGGUAGCCUUUGAGCCCACCAAUAUCAAGGAUAGGAAUGCCAUCGUGUUUGAAAUGUUCAUAGAAAACACUUGGCAGAUAGUGGGUUAUUGCCCAGGCCCCAAAGUCCCCAAACUGACAAGAGCAAUGAGAAAUGGUUUCAUCACUGAGAUUGCGAUGCACAAGUUGACUCAUUCCUUCUGCUUCCCUGCAAAGAAAUUCAUGUACAAAGUUCAGGUGAAGAUUGUGAAGAGAGGGAUUUGGGAAGGCGAUGCAAAAGACUACAGGUUCAAUUCGGUCAUUGUAUAAAAAGUAUAACGAGGCAACAACCCAUCAAC